AUGGCUACAGGAGGAGGAGAAGAUGCAAUAGCACAGCGUAUAUUACGUAUUACAGACAUUGCCCAGGAACCAUUGCAAUUUCUUGCACCUAUUAGCGGUUAUGGGAAAGAACCGCUUGUUUCACUGGAACAAGCAGUAGAACCACUUGUUCCGAUGCUACCCGAAGUUCAGAGUCACGCUUAUGUUGCUAAACAAAGAUGUGAGAAUCCUGCUGAUGGAUUGACGCAAGAUGAAUCUGCAUCAAUUAUGCUGUACACGAUGGGAUGGGAACCACUUGAUGAAUGCCUAUACUUCGUUUUGAAUGACACAUUACGAUCAUCAGAACGACAACAAAAACUUAAACCAUGGUAUUUGUUUAUAAGACUCUUUCUUAAUGCACUAUUUCUUCUUCCACCUCUUGUAAAAACUGCAUACAGAGGUGUUAAAUUAGAUCUAAGUAAAAAAUAUAUCGCAGGGAAAACAAUCGUCUGGUGGGGCUUUUCAUCUUGCACAACAGCCGUUAAUGUUCUACAGUCAGAACUAUUUUUGGGAACGACAGGUGACAGAACAAUGUUUACCUUACAAUGUCAAUCAGCUAGAAAUAUUCGUAACCAUUCGUAUUUUCCAGCCGAAGAUGAAGUACUGCUUAUGGCUGCAACUCAAUUCAAAGUAAUGGGCUGUCUUAAUCAAGGAAACCUUCAUAUUGUUCAACUGGAAGAAACUAGCCCACCAUUUCCACUCUUACAACCGGUAACAGUUGUUAUGUCAUCACCAAUCAAUCCAACUUCCCCAAGUAAGUAAAAACGAUGAGAAAAGAAUACUUUAUUUCUAAAAUAAAGCUCCAGUUUUCGAUACUGCGAAAAAUAUCAAGGAUUAUAUCCUUCAACCAAUGUACCCAUAAUAAAAUAUGAACACAAAGAAUCGAUUUGCUAUCCAUCUGAAAAAAACCUAUUAAAGAGCAAAUUAAAAUCGAUUCAGUUUAAAAGAUCAGAAAAAAAGAUUCUUCAUAACAAUUUUCGACUGAAUUCAAUGGAAUUUCUAGUUUCAAAUAAUGAUUUUCACAAAAAGUCGAUUUUGUCCAAGUCAUCAAUUAAAAACCUCAUUAACUUCAAUCACUUUUCUGAUUCAAUCUACCGAACUAUUGUUUUUGUUAGAUGAAAAUAAUUGAUUUAAGUUAAUUUUUUUUUCUAAAAUCAUGAAAAUCGUUCAAAGCGUUGCCAUGACUUUAACUUAAUUGAAAGCACAUGACAAUCGCUUGGAGUAUUUUCUUUAGAAGAUGCUUUUCUUUCAUGGAUUGCAGGAUUUACUGCCGUAUCCUAUAUUGCCGUUGUAAAUUGUUGUUCAUAUUUCAAUUCAUAUUUCAAUUUAGUUGAGAUUGAAAUGCAUUAAUUUUGUUUGUUUGUUUGUAAUGAGAUUUACGUAUAUUCUUCUUAUUUUGACGAUAAAAACUGACAGAUAUAAUUGUUUAUUCGAUAAGUAAUUAUGAGUAACUCUAUUUACUGUCUUAUUGUAUAACUUUGUGUUUGUCCUAAUAUCAGACAAUGAUUUGAUAUAAAAGACUUUCUUGGUGAAUUUCGAUCUCUUAAGAUUGCAUAUUUCUGCUAUUUUUGAUGAGCGGAAUAUGGGAACAUCAAAUGAUUGGCUGAAUUUCGAUUGCUGGCAAAUUCGCUUUCCAUGUUUAUUUAUUAAUGAUAUUUUCUCGAUGAGCGGGAUAUGGGGACAUCAAGUGGUUUGUUGAAUUUCGAUUGCUAGGAAAUUCGUUUUCUGUGUUUGUUAACAACUCAUAUUUAUUUUAUAUGGGGGCAUGGGACAUGGGGAUUAGGGCUGUCAGCGUUCCCCGUUCCUUAGCGUUCCGCUCCUAGGAACGGAAAGGCAUCUCAAAAUCGCAUUUUUCAGCUUCAUUUCAACAGAGCUAGGUUUCUAGAUGUGUUCGCUUGUCGUUUUAUGUUUGGGUGUUUGGCGUUCCCGUUCCUGGGAACAGGAAACGCAGCAUACAUUUCUUUCAUUUUUAAUGAAAACUUUACAAAGUCACUGGAGAAAAGGCAAUUUCAUAAAAAUAAUGGAUUUUUAUAAAGUUUGACCAAAUGUAAUCGAGGUUAAAGAAUCUAAAUCUGCAAUCCGUUUCUGAAAAUUUUGAAUUUGAUUUUUUUGUCAAGCAAAGGAUAUUUUCUAAAAAUGACGAUAUUUUAUAAAGUUUGAACAAAGGGAAUCGGAGUCGAGGAAUCUGAAUCUUCAGUCGAUUUCUCAAAAAUUUCGAGUUCGAUUUAUCUUGUCAAGGAAAGGGUAUGUUUGAAAAAUUAUAAUUUUUUUUUUAAUUUUGAUUAAAGAUAAUUGAGGUCAAGGAAUUUGAAGCAGUUAUCAGUUUCUCAAAGCUCUGAGUUGAAUUUUUCUUACUAAAAAUAUCUUUUUUUUUCAUGACAAAAUUGAGUUUUUAAAGAAAAAGAAGUUUUUGCGGAAAAACGAUCGCUUAUGAAAUUCUUAUUAUAAUAUUCUCGUUAUUAUUUCCUUUAGUAUUGUUUUACUAUAGCUCUUUUUACUAUUAACUAUUCGUUGCAAUGUUUUGUGUGAUGCUGUUAUAAUACUGGUUUGCGAUUUGUUCCUUAUCAAACUGCUGAAUGCUAAUAAUAAGCUUCGACUUAUCUUUUGGUUUGGGAAUGAAAGAAACCCGCUAAAACAUCUUUUAUGUUCUUAUUCGAACAGUGCUUCAAACUAACGAAGACAAAAUUUUAGUUAUUGAAGAGUAGUUUCCAUAAAACUAAUAUUUAGCUUAACUGACCAUAAAUAGACUCUACAGGUAUAAAAUCUCUUCACUCAGUCUAAUCGUGAUAUUAAGUAUAGGCAAAGUUUAAUUAUCAGACAAACUCAGUGUCUGAUUCAAUGAGUGAUGUCUUUCAUUAUAAAAGCAACUUUGAUCGAAAUUAAAGAUCUGGGCCGUAAGAGCUUCGUAGCGAAAACGUCAAAAUAAAGCGGUCGAUGCUGAAGAUGUCGACAGUUUAGAGUCGAAAGUAAAAUUGUCGACGCUUAAAUGCAGAAACUAGAAAAUAUUAAAGGCACAAUAUAUGAGCGUGCACGAACGUAGGCAAUAAGGAAUGGGGUUGUAUGCGAGUGUACUGGUGAAAGUUUGGAUGUGAACGAGAAAGUGGGUGACUGUGUAGAUCAAUAUAGGUGAAGGGAGAUAUAGGCAGCUAAGGUUGGGUGGUGGCAUAGCUAAGGAGUGUGGGUGCUGGUGUAUCUUUUUCUAAAGUCAUUCUAACAUUUGCAUUGAGGCAGAAAAACUUCGCAAAAAACAGUAUUAGAAACUCGAAUGAACACGUACAGUCGAUAGUAUAACUAUCUCAUUACAGUAUCUAAUCUCCUCACUUGUUUGCCUUUAAUCCUGACAAGAAAAAAGUUAUGAUUGUGUAACGAGAAGAUCAUUGAAGGUCAAUAAAAUGAGGUUUCAAGUAUUUUGCUUGUCUUUCUAGUUUUGCUUGGCCAAUAUAAUAAGCGCUCUAUUUGAGCUGACUUAUGUAGGUUUUAAUCUUCUGAAAAAGUAGAUAUUCAGAAUUCUCCAGCUCAGCUUUCAACAUUUUCAUUUUCUUUUACUCAACUUCAUAUUUUUCACAUUUCUACUUUCGACCAAAGUUGAGUGAAUCAUUUCGCAUACUGGCUCUGAUUAAAAAAAAACAUCUGUUAGUGUCGAAAGUUAUUCCUUACAAAAAGAGCAUUUUCUUAUCUUUUUUGAUUUAGUAAUUGACGAAUCUAACUAGACUCCUUAGUUCCCAGAGACUAUAAUACAUAUGACAUUUCUCGCUUCAAGGAGUGGAAACUCAACCCGUAUUCCAUGUUCCUAUUCCUGGAAACGAAAUGAGUGAGCGACAUUCCUACGGUGAGCCUGAAUGCUGUUGAAACUAAACACUUAUUCAAUCAAAAUUGAACAAUUAUGUAUUCAUGGACAGCUUUUCAAGCUCUAACAAAUCAUAUAUAAAUAGAACAAAAAAUAAAGUUCACUCGAAUUAGGCAUUUUCGACACCUUAAAUUCGAAAUCUACGAUUACGAUAAGCAUGUGCCUCCAUUAUCAGCCCAAUUUCCAUGAACGGAGAAUGUAUCGUAUGCUGCAUUCUCUAGGACUCUUUGAAUAUGCAGAUAUUUUUUAUAAAUGCUUGCUUAUCUUUUUAAAUGAAAAUUAGUUGUUCCCAUCCUUACUGGUUUUGAGCAUUUCGUUUCCAAGCAACGGGAGCACGUCUCAUAGUGCAUUUCAUAUAAUUGUCUCAAACUAGCGAAGUCUUUAAACAUGUUUUCUUUUCUUCUUAUAUCAGAGUGUUUGACGCUCCCGUUUCUAGGAAUUACGAGUGUACAACUCAUGUUCAUAAGCGCUAAUAUAAGUGUGAGCACUUUUCCUGUAUUCAGCAUACAAGGAAAGUUACUGUUACUAGUCAGUUACGUUGCCCGAUGGGUGUGGGUGUGGGUGUGGGUGUGGGUGUGGGUGUGGG